AUGGCAGAGCUUAACGUUACUGAUUCCUCUUCUCGAGCGCCCUCGGAGCGCUCUCUCCUUGCCUCAGCAACGCGAGACUGGAAGGGCCUCUUUAGCCGAGAAAGCCAACUGAGGAAGAAGUCCGUUAUGCAGGGAAUGCAUCAUAUUCUCGACAAGUCUGUAGUCAAAAUACGAUCGCUUGGCCCUGGCGCACCGUCGACUGACUACUUCCCCUUCUAUGGAAUGGACUUCGAUGUUCCAUUGUCCGAAGCACCGAAGACAGAUUGCGAGAUAGCCCCGAAGGCAGCUGCGAAAAUUCACGCUGGCAAGCAUGACAGCAAAAAUGGGGAUAGCAUAUACGACAUUGCAAUCGCCUUACAAUAUGGUCAGGGCACCGGAUCUACACAGCUCUUGAAGUUUCUCUCCGAGCAUGUCAAGAUCAUUCAUGACCCGCCGUACAAAAACUGGAGAUGCAUCUUGACAGCUGGGAAUACUUCUGCCUUCGAUAUCAUUCUCCGAAUGUUUACAAAGCCAGGUGAUUAUCUUCUCGUCGAGGAGUACACCUACCCAACUGUCUAUGAAACCGCUCUACCAAUGGGCCUCAGGUUUUCAGGAAUUAGAAUGGAUGACUUUGGCAUGAUUCCCGCCCAUCUCGACGAAGUUCUCUCCAACUGGAGCGAAGACGCGGAAAAGGGAAAAAAGCCGCGGCUCCUGUACGUCAUCCCGUGCGGCCAGAAUCCGUCGGGAGCGACUCAGCCUACUGAGAGAAGGCGAGAAAUAUACCGGAUUGCACAGGAGCAUGAUCUUCUCAUAUUGGAGGAUGAUCCCUACUAUUUCAUUCAAUUUCCACCGUAUACAUCGCCGACAUCUGAAGAAAAACAAGAUACCGACCUUUUGAGUGUUUCACAGAACUUCGCAGAGGUUAUUGACAGGCCGCUCCUUCCUAGUUACCUCAGCCUUGAUAAUGAUGGAAGAGUGCUCCGGAUGGAUUCGUUCUCCAAGAUUAUCGCUCCAGGAGCCAGAAUGGGAUGGGUUACUGCGCCGGAACAAAUCGUCGAACGGUUCGUGCGCGCUCAUGAAGUUUCCGUGCAGAAUCCGAGCGGCUUCUCUCAACUGGCCAUAUUCAAGCUUCUGCAUGAUUAUUGGGGCCAUUCUGGGUUCAAAAGGUGGUUGGCCCACUUACAGAUUGAAUACGGCAAGAGACGCAACAUGAUGGUAGAUCUUUGCGAGCGGUAUCUGCCUCAUGAGAUCACGUAUUGGACUCCCCCAAGCGCAGGGUUCUUUAUCUGGAUAUCUGUUGACUGGAAGCAGCAUCCCUAUGCAUCAACGAAGUCUCCUCGAGAGGUUGAACAGGAAAUAUAUGACUCUGCUAUCAGCCACGGUACGCUGGUCAUCCCUGGCAGUGCUUUUCUGCCUGAGGACAAAGAGGGUCGUAUGGACAAGGUUUUCUUCCGUAUGACUUAUGCAAGUGUCCCUCCUGGUACAAUGCAGGAGGCCAUUCGCGGACUAGGAGAUGCACUGCGUGAGGUUUUUCGGCUAUAG